AUGUACUACUUCAUACUUUUCGACGUCGUGUUUUCUUUGGUUUUUUUCAGAACCGAAUCGGAUUGAGGACGUCAAAUAAAAAGAAACUUUCAAUUUGGUUGCGUUCCUUCGCCAUGCUGCAGUUGUACCUUGAAAUGCAACACUAUGCAAAUCAAAACAAGAUGAAAAUUCAUCAACAGGCGAAGGGCGGUCAUACCUGCUACAAAAUCUGUUUGGUGGCACCGUAACGCUCCCGGGCGACACAGAGGGCGACGGUCAGGAGUGCGUCGUCUGCCUUUCCGCGCCAAGAGAGGUUGUGGUUCUGCACUGCAAGCACGUCUGUCUCUGCAAGGCCUGCGCGGGCGUCACCAGCUCCACGUGGAGCUAUCAGUGCCCGAUAUGUCGCGGCCGCGUCGCAGCCUUUGUCGCCGUCGACGACGCAGGGCUUGCGGGAGGUGGAACGUCGGGCGCAGUUACAUGAGCGGCCGUUCCGGAUGCAGGAAUUUUUCUACGGGGCUGUGA